AUGAUAGCAACAGAUAUUCAAUCAAAAGCAAAUUUGGUUUUCGAAAAAGAGGAUACAGCAAAGGAGGAGAGAAACGAUGGGACAUUUGUUACGCGUUCCGGACCACUUCCCCCUACAUCGCCAGAUCAAUUUCUUCGGCGCAGAGCAAAUCAACCAUUAAGAUCUUUAGUUGAUUUAUUAAAAUCAAAGGACUUGUUUGUCAAAUUACAUGCAAAUUUCAGUUGGAUCUUAAAAGCUUGCGGCAGACGUUUACAAGAAAGUCAUGUAAAUGAUCAAACGCUGUUUCCAAGUUCUGUGUUCUCACCAAAGACGUUAAUGUUACUUGAUCCCAUGACGACUUACCAACCCCCGCCUUUUGGUUUAAAUGGUUUGAAAGGAGAUAAUGAAGUCAUGAUUGGGGAUUUGAAAGCUUUACAAAGUAUUUUGGGUUUAAAUGCUUUUAGAAAACUAAUUUUAAAUUUUGUCAAGGGUAAUCAAUUAGUAAUCAGAGGAAAUGACCCGAUAAUUUUGCGAUGCCUCAUUAAUAUAUUGAAGGAUUUCGUUCCAAGUGAAUGUUGUUCAAUAGUGGAAAAUGAAAAUAAUUAUCAACCCUUAACGAAAUAUAAUAUUCUCGGUCUAAAUGCAACAGCACAGAUACCAAACCAUAUAAACAAAUCAACUUUGUACUGUGAUACGCUUAAAGAUGAUAAGACCGUGAUGAAUACAUUCAAGUUUAAUAUACAAUAUGGCUUUGAUGAUAACCGGAAUCAUUCUGCACCUAAUUCAUUUAUAAAUCAAUUGACAGGAAUUUUGAAAUUAAAUUUGCCAAAUGAAUUAAUGAAUAUUAGAUUAAUGAUCUUUAAAGAACAAUGGUCAUGUAAAGCAAAGCAGUUUCUCCGAUUUGUUACAGGAAAUAUUAAUGGAGGGAAUGUCUUACCAAAUAUUGAUUUAACUAAACAAAUAGAAUUUAUUAAACUAAUAGAUAUAAACGAAAAUGAUUUACCAAUUGUGAGAUUUUGGACAGGGUGUUUAAAUACUAAAUGA